UAUUAUUUAAUGUGUGUAUAAAUAAGCAAAUAAACUUUAUUUCUUCUCUUCACUUAACUACUAGUUCAAGUUGCAUAAAAUGGAGAAUAAUCUGGUGGGAUAUAGAUUUAGUCCUACGGGGGAGGAACUGAUCAACCAUUACCUCAAGAACAAGAUUCUUGGUAAGUCAUGGCUCGUCGACCAUGCCAUUAGCGAGGUUAACAUCUGUCGUUACGAACCAUGGUUUUUGCCUUCAUUAUCGAAGCUCGAAUCGAAGGAUCUUGUAUGGUACUUCUUCUCUCCCAAGGAGUACACGUCUGCGAAGAAGAAUGUAACGAAGAGAACUACACCUUCUGGGUAUUGGAAAGCUACUGGUGUUGAUAGAAAAAUCAAGGAUAGGAGAGGAAAUGGUGUUGAGAUUGGUAUUAAGAAGACGCUUGUGUACUAUGAAGGUAGGGUUCCUAAUGGAGUUUGGACUCCUUGGGUCUUGCACGAGUAUCACAUCACUUCCUUGCCUCUUAAUCAGGUAACACUUCCUCAAGAGUUUUUAUUUAUUUGUUUCUCCCAAAA